UUCGAGACGACUUUGAAGAAUACCGAAGAGCGUUGAUGCACUUUUAAAAUGUGCUCAUUGAGUAAUAAGAAGAUAGAGAUGUACAAAAUAUAAGACAGUCCUAUGGAUCUCUGAUUUAAUUAUUUAAAAAUAAAAAUUUCUAUUUGUUAUAUUUAGGAUGCAUUGACUCUUCAAAGAAUAUUUAUUGAAAAAAAACGAGAAUUUAUACAUAAUGAUAGUGUAAAAAAUUUAGUUUGUGAACUUUUGAUUUGUUUAUUUAUACAAACAUUUAAUUAUGAAGAUCAAGAUGGUCAAUAUGUUAGUGAUUCAUUUUCAGAAUUACCUGAACAAGCAGAAAAUGAACCAUUUGAUAGUGUAUAUACAUUUGAUCUGAUUAGACAAAAUCUUGAUCAGCGACGUUAUCGUCGAUUAGAUGUUUUUCAAAAUGAUCUAUUUAAAGUCUUUGAACGUGCUAGAAAAUUAAAACCAACUCAUUCUAAGGUUUAUCAAGAUUCAAUUAAAUUACAAAAAUAUUAUAUUCAUUUACGUGAUGAAAUUUGUCAACAUGGUAAUUUACUUCGAUCACCAGCACUUCUAUUUAAUGAAGAUCGUUUACAACAAGAACUUGUUCGUGAACGAACAGAAAAAGAUUCAAUAGUUAGUACUAAUAGUCAGAACAGUGUAUCACCAGCUAAAUCAUCUGAUUCUGAUGAAAAUAAAAUUUCUCCAUCAAAAUUAACAUCACCAAUAGAAAAAAGUUUCCUAUCCAAAGGUCAAACUUAUUAUCUAGGAGAUUUCGUCUAUAUUGAACCUAAUGAUGAAACAAAUGAACCACUUAUUGUCUGUAUUGAAUCUUUUGAACAUAAAAAUAAUGAAGAUUAUUUAAAUGGUUUACAAUUUAUUCGACCUAAUGAAACAUAUCAUACAUCAACACAUAAAUUUCUUCGUCAAGAAGUUUUUUUAACUCAAACAAUUGAAUAUAUAUCAAUGAAUAAAAUUCAAGGUUUAUGUUAUGUUUUACAUGUUAAAGAUUAUUUUAAAUAUCAACCAAUGAUUAAUGAUGAAAUAUCAUUUCAAGAUCAAGAUGUUUAUGUAUGUGAAUCACGUUAUAAUAUAAAAACAAAAGUAUUUAAAAAAAUCAAAUCAUGGAAUAUACCAGAAAAUAAACGAGUUAAAUUAAUUCAACGAGAUAUUCCACUCGAAAAUAUACGUAUAUCAUCAACAUUAGUUAAUAAUAAUAAUUUAAUACAUCGAUCAUCAACAAUAGAUAAUGAUUUAAUAAAUAUAGAUAUAAUUGAAAAACCUAAAGAAACAAUUUUAUAUGAUUCAGUUAUAAAUGAAAAAUUAAAUGAAAAUUCAUUAAUAAAAAGAAUAUUUUAUGAACAAAUUAUUAUUUCACCAUAUAUCUUUUACAAAGUUGGCGAUUUUGUGUGUGUUAAUAAUAUUGAAAAUAAUAAUAAUGAAUCAAAUAAAAAAUUUAUUCUUCGUAUUGAUAAAAUUUGGAAAGAUAAUGAUUCGUAUUGUCUAAGUGGUCCAGUGUUUAUUCAACCAUCAGAUAUUAUCAAUCGAGAUCAAUUAAUCAUUACAGCAAAAUGUUCUUAUGAACGAGAAGUUAUUAAACGUGAUGGUCCAAGUACACAAAUUACACUUAAUAAUAUUCAAGGCAAAUGUUCAGUUCUUUCAUUGAAACAUUUCUGUACACAUCGGUUAACUGAAAUUCCUGAAUCGGAUGUUUAUGUUUGUGAAUCAAAAUAUGUUAGUGAUGAUCAUAGUCUUCGUGGUUUAUCAAAACCUUUGAAAAGAAUAUCAUUAUCAUUAAAAGCAACUGCUGAUGAAAUCUGGACUUUUCGUAAAGAACUUAUACUCAAACAAGAGACUCCUGGUGGUCUAUUCAAAGCAGUUGAUGAAAGUUCAGCUAUGGAAGUGGAUGAUCAAUUCAAUAGUAAUCUCGAAGGAAGUGAACAUCAAUCAAAUCAUUUGAAUUAUGAUACAAUCAAUAAUAGUAUUAAUCUUAAUUCAUCAUUCUCUAAUCGAUAUAACAAUAAUAAUAAUAAUAAUCGAAAAAGUAAUCGUCGUGGAUCAUCAACACGUCCACCUUGUGGUUAUCUUAUAUUUGCAAGUGACUCACGAAAACGUUUGAUACGUGAUAAUCCAGGUAUUCCAUUUGGUGAAAUGAGUCGAAUAAUUGGUGAUCAGUGGAGACGAUUAUUGCCACAUGAACGUGAAAAAUAUGAAGAAAAAGCACGUGAACGUGCAAGAGAGCAAGAUAUACAAGUAACAAAUAAUCCUAUGACAUAUGAUUCUCCUAUUAAUUCACAACGAAUAAUUAAUGGUGGAGUAACAAUAAAUGGAUAUUAUCCAAAUGUUUCAAAUGUUUAUCCAAUGAAUAAUGUUCUUCCUGUUGUUAUAAAACCACCACAAGCUGCAAUUGUUAAUUGUCCACCACGAAUACAAAGAGUCGUUCAUUCAGAAAUGUAUUCAAAGUAUAUUGAACAUCUUAAAACUGAUUAUCCAUUUAUAUCCGAUUGGCCUAAACAAUUAAAAGCAUCAAUUAAUAAUAAUGGAAAUAUAUCAUCAAGACCAUUACCAUCACAUUGGCUAAUAAAUAAUAGCCCCGGUUUUUAUAAUAAUGUUUAUGAAGCUCUAUGGUCAAUGCGUGAUAAUAUGUGGUCAGAUGUUGUUCGUGUACGAAAUGUACUUUCUGAUGAAUGGUAG